AUGAUCUUUAAGGUCCUCUUGGUCGCAGCCGCCGUCUGUCUCGGCCGGGUGUCUCCGUAGAGAUACCAAGCCUUGGGCGUCCUGCAGCCACAGACUUCUCGCGAUCUGGGCGACUACGAGAACAUAGUCGCAGCCACCAUCGACGUGUUGCCAGAAAUCUUUAAGGUCUUCAGCAAGGUCACGGAGGCCCAGGGCAAGGCUAAUGAACCCCAGAUCAUCCAUCGCUUCAUGUUGGACUUCAUGCCUAUCACACGGAAGGUCAUGGAGGCCACGGAGAAGGCGGAGGGCACCAAGAUCCCGGAGGACAUGUACCACCGCUUCAACGCCGCCGAGAGGGUCAUGCCGCACGUGGUCACCUUCAUGAAUCAGUUCAUGGGCAUGGACUUCUUCGGACUCUCCACCACCACGAGGAGGCCCACGGAAAGUCUGUAGUGAAGCCAUUCGCUCGCCUUCGUAUGAGGUCUGUAGCAGUUCCCUUAUGCACUGCCAUUGCCCCUUUCUUUCCUCUUUCCCUUGUGUUUGUUACGUUUCCAAUCACAUUUGUGUUCAUACCCAAACAGUUUAUGUUAAAACUGUCUGUCCGAGCUUUAUGAAACUGUAUACUAUACAAGUAAAAUAUAUAAAUAUAACAUUG